GUUGGUGUUGUCUGGCUGUAUCAAGGUGAGAAGUUAAGGAACAAAACCUUAGCUUGCACCAUGUUUAUGCCGUUACAGAGGGUGUUUUUAGCAGCUCUUAUGGCUUUGAUACCGGUUAAGGAAUCAUUCUGCACAACUUGCUCAGGUAGGUAUGUUGCUCAUUUUACUGCGAAGAUCAUGUUUGCCGUUUCAUAUCUCCCGACGGGCAUAUCUUUAUCUGCAGUUCAAAAUAUGAUUCAUUCCGUAUAUUUCAAUUCAUGUCAUUUCCACCAACUGGCAUAUUACGAACUCGCAUGGCUAGCUCUCCAGUUUUCUUGAUUAGCUCAAUGGAUAGAGAAGUGCGUCCCGUCAUCGCAAUGUUGUACUUCUCGGUCAACCCCGUACGGAAUUAUUUCAGGUUAGGUUGUUUUUUACAGCGACUGAAUUGCUCAGGUAUUGUCUCAGUCUAAUCUGAUCUGAUUAAACGAAUGGAAUACAGUACUCCAAAUAGCUCUUGCAGAUUCAGACAAGGACCAGAGUGUCAGCGUUUUAUACAAUAAAAAAUCAUAUUGAAAUAUUUAAUCCGAGUAGAAAUAAUGACGCUUUUUGAGCUAUGAAAAAGGGCGAACUUACUUUAAUAGUAUUGGCCGAUUAAUCGAAAGCAUUUGGCAUUGUAUCAUACUCUGUUGUCAUCCGGAAGAUGUCUAAAUGGGGUUCUCAAAAUCUUUUCUAUAUUGGGAUGACAAACUACCUAUGUGAUCGCUCUCAGAACGUCCAAAUUGAUGAUAAGAAAUCGUUCCUGGAUCAUUCACAUUUCAGGGUUCCCCAGGGGUCAAUUUUAGGCCCGUUAUUGUUUAACAUAUAUACUUCUGACCCGCGAGACUCCAUUUCGUGUUCUCAAUACGCUGAUGGUACUACGCUUUACAAGCAAUUGGUCCGUCAAAGGUCUCGCACAAAAUGUUCCUGAGUUUUUAAUAACUCUCUUAACCAUAUGACUUCGUGGUCUUUAAAGUCCAAUCUCGCCCUAAAUCCAGUGAAAACUAAGUCGAUGCUGUUAUUAACAAGCCAGAUGAACUUAAAACAAAAUGAUCAUGUCGAGGACAUCGCUAAUGCUUCUUAUGGAGUCUUACGCGUUGCGAAAAUUAAAACAUUUUACAGACUUCCACGUACGUAAGAGACUUGCAGAGUCUCUUGUAUUAUCGAGGCUUGACUAUUGUGCCUCGGUCUAUUUACCUUUGCCAGGAUACUUGUUAAAACGUCUUCAAAAAAUUGAAUUUGCUGCCGCAAGUUUUGUUUAUGGCAGAUACGUAAAUGAUAAAGUUCAACUGGCUCCCAGCUGA